AUAGGUUUACUUCUUGCCAUUGUAUUCCUUUUAGUAGAAUCAACCACCAACAAAAAUAGAAUGCGUGCCAUUUUAUCCAUCAUCAUUUUAUUGACUAUGAUCUGUUACAAUAUCAAAACGAAACCAUGUUAUGUUGACAAGAUCAACUUUUUCCGAACAGCAUCGUUUUCAUGUAUUUUAUGGACCUCAGUACUUGUGGCAAUUCUCAGUGAUACCAAUGCAGCACAGAGUCUUGGUCCUUUAUCCGUCUUAUGUAUUAUUAUCGGUGGUUGGGGAAUGAUUAUUCUUCUCUUUACUUUAAUAUAUUGUGUUUAUUAUCGUGGACCA